AUGAGCAAUCCUAACCCGAGGGCCCCUAGGAGAAGGACUGUGCCAAAUCAGACCGGUGCUAGAGGGAUAGCACCAGAGGAUCCUAGAUUGGAUCGGAUUAUGCAGGCUUUAGAGACUUUGGUAGGGCAGCAAGCUCAGAACCAAGCUGCUUCUACCGCUGUAGCUACACCUGCACCUGCACUUGUAGAUGUUCCGUUGGCUGGAAACGGAAAUGGGAAUCGGCCCAUGCAUAAGUUGGUGGAGCAGUUUCUAAAGCUCAAACCGCCCAAGUUCACUGGUGCAGGUGAUCCUGAGGCUGCAACCGUCUGGAUCAGAGAGUUGGAGAAGGUGUUUUCUUUGCUGAGAUACUCAGAUGAAGAUAAAGUGACGUUGGCAGUUUAUCAGUUGCAAGGUAAUGCUAAUACUUGGUGGGAAGCUACCCAAAGGAGGGUAUUUCCCGAGGGUACAGCCCAGGUGUGGGGUGCCUUCGUGGAAGCUUUUAACAACAAGUACUUUUCGGAUUGUGCCAAAGAACGGAAGAUGAAUGAAUUUCAGCGUCUUCGACAGAACCAAUUGUCGGUAGACCAGUAUGAGGCAAAGUUUGCUGAAUUGUCCAAGUAUGCGCCAAGGUUGAUUGAAGACCCGGUUGAUAAAGCAAGGAGGUUUAGGGAUGGACUGAAGCUUGAAAUCAAAGAUCAGUUGGUGCCUCUGAAUCUGAAGGAUUAUGACGAACUUUAUGAGAGGGCAUAG